UGCCUGGUCCCGCCCGGGUCCUCGGGCGACGAAGAGGCGCGGCUCGCCAUCCGGCACCAGCGAGGACGCCGGUCCAUAUAUAAGGCGGCCGGCGGGCUGUCUCGGCACAGUUCAGCAGCUGCAGCCGUCCACAGCAUCAUGAAGGUCCUGGUUGUCCUGAGCGCCGUUUUGGCGGUGUGCGUCGCCACCCCCGGCUACCUGUCGGCGCCUGCGCUGCUGGCCCGCGGCAUCGCCGCCCCCGGCCUCCUCGCCGCCCACGCGCCGGCGGUCAUAGCCGCCGCCCCCGCUGUCGUCCGCACCAUCCCUCCCGGCGGCCCCGCCAACAUCGUGAUCGGACCCGGCGGUGUGCCCCUGGACACCCCUGAGGUGGUCGCCGCCAAGGCGUCGCACGCCGCCGCCGUCGCCGAGACGAGGGCCCGCGACGCCGUCGUGAACGCCGCCCCCGCCGUCGUGGCCGCCGCCGCCCCCGCCGUCGUGGCCGCCGCCCCCGCCGUGAUCGCCGCCAGGACGCCUGCCGCCACCGUGCUGGCCGGCCACGGCCUGCUCGCCCCCGCCGCCGCCCUCCGCUACGCCGCCGCCGUGCCGGCCCUGCGCUACGCGGCCGUCGCCCCCGCUGCCCUCGGAUACGCCGCCGCCCACACCAUCGUGGCGCCGGCCCCCAUCCACCCCGGCUACGCCGCGUACGGACCGGCCAACAUCGUGAUCGGACCCGGCGGUGUGCCCCUGGACACCCCUGAGGUCGCCGCCGGCAAGGUCGCCGACGCCGUCGCCCACCUGGAAGCCAAGGCCCGCAACGGCGUCCUGCUGGGCUGAACUGUCCCCGUGUCCCAACAACCCUACGACCAAACGGCAAUCACUGCUCAUGUAUAUACCUGAAAAUGGAUAAAUAUAUUUAUUUUCUGCAAA